UCUAUGCAUUUAUGUGAAUUUCCCAGCGCAAACGUGGAAGAGGAAAACAGGCGACCUGAAAAAGUAGCAGCAGCAGCGAGCAAGAAGCAGCAGCACAAGCAGCAAAAAAGGUUCGCAGCCCGUUCAAAACCCCUUCGCCACCAAAAAAAUAUAAUUCCAAACAAAAUUAAGAAAACCAGUGCUUCCAAAACCGAAUCAAUUUCGCAAAUUCUAAACCAAAAAAAAGUGUAAAAAUCGUUUGGCAAAUACUUUUUGCGCAAGCUGAAAAAAAAGAGCCGUUAUGCGAGCGAGCGAGCUCACGAAAAAUUUCGCUGUACACCAAAUGUUUUCCCAACAGCACCGCUGCUGCGUGAAAAUUCAAUUUUCUCGCCAAACAACGAAAAACUCGCCGCGAGUGCAGUGAAAGACCCAAUAAGAUAUAAUUCCGGGGAAAAAAAUGGUGGGCCAGUAGUGAAAAGUAAAAGUGUAAGCAUAUCGAUGAAGAAAAAAAAGAGCAGCCAACGUAAAACUACACUCUCCCACACAUAUACACAUGCCAAUACACAUUCGUACAACCACCCACAUGCUGAUGCAUAUACAAUAUGCAAAUGCGGUUAAUCGCUCUAAUACCAAGGCAAAGCGAAACGCUGAAUGAAACCGAAAAUUAUACAGAAAAAUGAAUAAAUAAAAUCGAGAUAUCGGGAAAUAGGUGAAAAUCAACUGCAUUCUGGCAUAAAACGGCGCGCACACACACACACUCACACGCACACUUUGAGAAACACAAAGAGCGAGAGGCAAUCGUCCGAGGGGCAGCCACAGCAUGCCGUACGAGUCGAUGCACCACCAUCAGUCGGCGGCCGCUGCCGUGGCCGCUGGCACCGCCCCCAACGGAAUGCUCGACGCCCUCAGCCUGCAGCUGCGCGACGCCGAGAUGCGGCGCACCGAGAUCGAGCGGGCGCAUCAGGAAACCCUGGCACAAAUCCGCAAUCUGAGCGGGAGCGCUCGUCCCGAUGCCGAGGCGGUGGAGAACCUGCAGUCGAGGGCCCGGGAACUCGAGAAGAAGGUUGCGCUGGAAAAUGUGCGCUGCGAGGAGCUGCAAAUCGAACUGACCUCGGCGUUGAAGGCCAAACAGGCGUCCCGUUCGGUCUGCUCCGGAAUGGGAGGCGUUUCAUCCGGAGCCGGCGCAACCAUUCCUACAUCGGCCAGCAGCUCCACCGUCACUUGGGCACCGACAAUCAGUCACCAGGACCAAGGCUCCGAGAUUGAUAUCAUAAUGGCAAAGAUUGAGCAGGAUAAUCGCGUGCUGGCCGAACUGGAGCAGCCUCGCACGUCGGCCAGCGCCAGCAUGUCAGCAUUGCCGCCCAGUUCCAUGUUGAGCACGGUAAAUAGCGAAUUUAGAACCAUAUCAAAGAGUGAACUCGAAGAAGAACUGAACCGUUACAAAAGGGCCGUUUUAGGGGGCGGCGGUGGGGGCGGGGCCGUCUCGGCCUUGUCCUCCGGCUACUCCAGCCUGCCGCAAUCGCUGGCCUCCACGCUGCCCAACGGAGGCGCCAGCACCAGCCUGAGCGGCACCAGCCUGGGCUCGCAUAGCGUGACCGCCGCUGCUGCCGCUGCCGCUGCCGCCGCCUCCUCCUCCGUCGGAUCGGGGGGCGUGGUCGGGGGAGGAGUGGGCGUGGGAAUGGGGGGAGGGGGCCUAUCAUCCAUAUCGGCACUGGUGCCCAACUCAAUCAGCGGCAUAUCGUCGAGUCUGAGCAGCCAUGCCAUCCAGUCGAUGCAGUACGGCGGUGGACAAACGUCCGUGGAGAAGCUGCUGAGCGGAACUAGUGGAAUCACUGGCAUUCCACCCCUGCCGGUAAAUAUUCACACGAUGAAGGCUAUGCCGACGGCAUUAAGUCAGCGCGGAACAAUACAACUGUACAAUUUGCAGAGCACAACCAUGCCCCUCCUGUCACUCAACUCGCAUAAUCUGCCGCCCGGCGGCUCGACCAGUUACUCGGCCUUGGGCGCCGGCGGUGGCGCCUCCUCGCUGACGCAUCCCUCGAUGGCCAACCUGGGCCUCCUGGACACCGGUGCUCUCCUGGGUGCCGCCGGCUUAGGCGGCUUGGGGGUGGGAGGACCCGGUACCGGUGGCAUCACCGGAGCCACCUCGCUGUACGGACUAAGUGGCGGCGGAGGAGCCGGUGGACUGGGCAGCUCCUAUGGGCCACCGUUCCUGGACGUCGCCUCGAGCGCCUCGUAUCCUUUCACCGCGGCCGCCCUGCGACAGGCGUCCAAGAUGAAGAUGCUGGACGAGAUCGACAUUCCGCUGACGCGGUACAACCGCAGCUCGCCCUGCUCCCCCAUCCCGCCCAGCAAUUGGGGACUGGACGAGUUCGCCGACGGCCUCAGCGUCUCCAUGAUGCACAACCGCGGCGGCCUGGCGCUGGGUGCCCUCGAUUUGGACACUCGCAAUCAUGGUCUAAAUGGAGCCAGCGAACCGCAAGUGGAUAUGCUCGAUAUUCCUGGAAAAGGCCGCUGCUGUGUGUUCAUAGCCAGAUUUCCCUACGAUCCUCCAGAUGUUCAUAAUGAUAUCCUUUCCAUGCCUUGCAGGGAGGCUGAGGGCGAGCUCUCCCUGUGCGCCGGCGACUAUCUGCUGGUGUGGACCAGCGGGGAGCCCCAAGGGGGCUACCUGGAUGCCGAACUCCUGGACGGACGACGCGGUCUGGUUCCUGCCUCCUUUGUGCAGCGUUUAGUAGGCGACGACCUCCUGGAGUUCCACCAGGCGGUGCUGUCGACGCUGCGCGAUGCCGAGGACGGAUCGAUGCAGUGCGACACGACGUCGCUGCCCUCCUUGCCGCCGCACAACCCAUUGCUCACACACACCCACGAGGACCUGGCCCGUUUGAGUGAGACGCACACCGACCUGGAGCACGACCAGGACGACAUCAGCGACAAUGUUCCAGCACCCAAGCACUUGACGCUGGAACGGCAGCUGAACAAGAGCGUGCUCAUUGGCUGGUCGCCGCCGGAGCCAGUGGGCUACAACCUCAUCGACAGCUACCACGUCUACGUGGACGGCGUGCUCAAGGUCACCGUCAAGGCCAACGAACGCACACGCGCGCUAAUCGAGGGCGUCGACUCCACGCGGCCGCAUCGCAUCAGCGUGCGGAGCGUGACGCAGAACCGGCAGACCUCGCGGGACGCCGCCUGCACGAUGAUAAUCGGGCGGGACACCGCCCACCUGGGCCCCUCGGCGGUGCGCGCCUCGCACAUAACGUGUUCCUCGGCGGUCAUCUCGUGGCUGCCGGCCAACUCCAACCACCAGCACGUGGUGUGUGUGAACAAUGUGGAGGUGCGCACCGUCAAGCCGGGCAUGUACAGGCACACGAUCACCGGCUUGGCGCCGAGCACCCAAUACCGGGUCACCGUUCGGGCCAAGCACCUGCGGGCCGUCGGCCAACAUGCGGCCAAUGUGGGCCAGCCGGGUGGUCCCGGUGCCGGACGGCCGGGACAGGAGGAGGCGCCCGGAGCGUACGCCGAUUUCCGCACCCUAACCAAGGGACUGCCCGAUCCGCCGCAGGAGAUCCAACUGGAGGCCGGCCCGCAGGACGGUACCAUUCUGGUGACAUGGCAGCCGGUUAACAGGCCCACCUCGACGGGGCCUGUAACCGGCUACGCUGUGUACGCCGAUGGUAAGAAGGUCACCGACAUCAACUCGCCCACCGGCGACCACGCCCUCAUCGACAUCGGCAAGCUGGGCGUCUUCAAUCCGCGCGCCGUCACCAUUCGCACCAAGUCGCGCGACUCGCAGUCCGCGGACAGCGCGCCCAUCUUGAUACCAAACACUGUGCGCAACGCGGUGGCGCGUCGGGUGCCGAACCAGAUGGGCAUGGGUCCGCAGCUGCCGCAGGGGCCGCACGGCAUGCAGGUGCAGCAGCAGAUGGGCGGGCUCCCAGGGCAACCUGGUCAACCCGGUCAGCACAUGAUGGGCCAGCAGGACCACGGGCAGUACGAUCCCAACCAGAUGCAGCAGCCGGGGAUGCAGCCGCAGCCGGGGCAGCCGGGCCACCAGCCCGACGGAGGCUCCGGAUUGUUAGGUGGCCUGCUCGGUGGCCUCUUCUCGAAACCCACACAGAAUCAAGUGAACCAGAAUGGCUAUCAACCCGGGGCGCCAGGAGCACAAAGGGGCAUGGUUCCGAUUCCGGGAAGGCCGCAGGGACCACAGCAACAGCAGCAGCAGCAACAGCAGCAGGCUUAUGGACCGCAGGGUCCUAUGGGCGGGGCACGCUUUCGAGGACCAGUUCCUGGCCAGCUGAAUAUGCAGAUGGCAGGUCAAAUGCAAGGGCAGAUGGCCGGGCAAAUGCAGGGCCAAAUGCCGGGUCAGAUGCCUGGUCAAAUGCCUGGACAGAUGCCUGGUCAGAUGCCUGGUCAGAUGCCUGGUCAGAUGCCUGGCCAGAUGAUGGGACCACGAGGAGCACUAAACCAGCAGCAACAGCAGCAGCAGCAGCAACAACAGCAGCAGCAGCAGCAAAUGCAACAGGCGGCAGGACAACAGCAAACGCAGCCGGGACAACCGGGAACCGCCAGCCAGUUGGCCGCUGCCCAGAAGAAGCCCCGCUACUUUGUGGCCAUGUUCGACUACGACCCAUCCACGAUGAGUCCCAAUCCCGAUGGCUGCGACGAAGAGCUGCCCUUCCAGGAGGGCGACACGAUCAAGGUGUUUGGUGAUAAGGAUGCGGAUGGCUUCUACUGGGGAGAGUUGCGUGGUCGCAGGGGUUACGUGCCGCACAACAUGGUAUCCGAGGUGGAGGACACAGCGGCGGCCAUUUCAGCCGGUGCCCAGAUCCCCGGCCAGAUGGGCCAAGGCCAGGGCGUCGGAGUGGGCGGCACCGCCCAGGUGAUGCCCGGCCAAGCGGUUCCGCAGCAGAGCAUGCGCAACGUGAGCCGCGACCGCUGGGGCGACAUCUACGCCAAUAUGCCCGUGAAGCGGAUGAUCGCCCUCUACGACUACGAUCCCCAGGAGUUGAGUCCCAAUGUGGAUGCCGAGCAAGUGGAAUUGUGUUUCAAGACGGGCGAGAUCAUACUCGUGUACGGCGAGAUGGACGAAGACGGUUUCUACAUGGGCGAGCUGGACGGAGUGCGCGGCCUGGUGCCGUCGAACUUCCUGGCGGACGCGCCCGACCAGUACAACAACCAGAUGGGGCCGGGCGGCGUGGCAGGACGCGGCGGUCUGAGCCAGAGGGGCAGGGGGCAGGGGCCGGGAGCGAGGGGUCCGCCGCCCCCGCCGCGCGACAACAUGAUGCCCGGAAUGGGCGGGCGCGGCCAGCCGGGCAAAAAUGCUCGCCCUGCUUCCCCUACACUGUUAGACAACACGGGCCAUCCUGCCCCCGAUCACCAAACGCAGGGGAUGAUCGGUCGCGUUGGUAAUGUCGGCCUGCAGCAGCAGCAGCAACAGCAGCAGCAGCAGCAGCAACUCCAACAGCAGCAGCAGCAGCAGUACGGUCAGCAACAGACGCAGAUGGGGCAACAGCAACAGCAGCAGCAGCAACAGCAAAUGGGACAACCUGGAAUGAUGGGGCAGAUGGGCCAACCCGGGAUGAUGGGGCAGCCCGGAGCGAUGGGGCAGCCAGGAAUGAUGGGACAGCAGCAGCAGCCACCGGUCACGACACAGGCGCCGACGGGCGGCCUCUUCUCCGGCGCAACUAGCCUGCUCUCUGGUGCUACCUCGGCUGCCACCGGUGGUCUAUUUGGGUCGAAGCAACCGGCCAAGACGGAUCCAAUGCAACCACCCGGCGGUGUGCAGCCAGCGCAGCAACAAGCAAACGCCUUCGGUGCCCAGCAGCCUGGAAUGGGGGGCAUGCAACAGGGUAUGCAACCGGGUAUGCAACAGGGUAUGCAACAAGGUAUGCAACCGGGUAUGCAACAGGGUAUGCAGCCAGGUAUGCAGCCAGGUAUGCAGCAGGGUAUGCAACCUGGUAUGCAGCAAGGUAUGCAGCAGGGUAUGCAACAGGGUAUGCAACCCGGCAUGCAACAGCAGCCACAACAAGUGCCACCGCAAGCCCAGGCGCCGCCCCAAGGACCGGGCGCCGGUCUGCUGGGCGGUCUCAAGGGCAUCGCAGCAGCGGCGCCCGGCGGCGAUGUCCUGUCGAAAGGCAAAGACCUCUUCGGAAAAUUCGGGUUCGGCUUUGGCAAAUAACCCCGGUCAUUCUAUAGGGUCCUGUUAUAUUAUUCGUAGAUUAGACUUAUUAUUACUAUUAUGAUUAUGGAUUAUUGCUAUUGAUUACGAUUACUAAGCUAAUAUAUAUAAAUAUAUAUAUAUUAAAAGAAAAACAAAACACAGAUGUGGAGGAGGAGAUCAGACAAACCAAUGCUAAAGUUAAAAAAGAAAAAGAAAAUGGAAAAUCAUACCCGGUGCGCUGUGGGUCAAUGCGUGUGUUGUUGUUGUUGAUAUGAUAUGAUAUGACUAAUAGUACUAAUGGUAAUAUUUUUUAUUAAUUAAAUUGAUAGAAAUAUUAUGAGUGACCGACAGACAACAGCAGCAUCGGCCGCACAGAAAACACACAACAAAAAAAUAUAAAAGAUAAAUGAAAUACAAAAAACAAAAAAGAAAGCCACAAGCCCAGAUAAAUUGUUGUAAAAUUAUUUAACAAAUUGCCUGCCGGUUUAGGUGACUGCAACUCGAUAAAGAUUCCACUAACCCACUAAAGGAUAAAGCUCUAUAAUACAAGAUCAGGUGGAUUCCCCGCCUGCAGCCACACACACACACAACUACACACACACACACUGAUGCAAGACACAGAUAAACACACUCACAUAGAUACUGAACACACAUAUAUUAUACAAGAAAACCAAUACAAAUACAAAUACAAGUAAAGGAGGAGAAAUAUAUUAUAUACAUACAUUAUAUUUACAAUUAUUUGUUAACGCACAUUGUUAAAUUUGCUACUGUUGCUGACCAGUUUAUAAAUAAAAACCAAAA